GGCUGGUUUCUUGAGGUAUACAUAUACCCGACACACCUUACAUCUCUGAUUUGGCUGCAUUUUGGAAUCAUCUGGGAAGUUUUAAACAAUACUGAUGUCUAGGUCCAACCUCCAGAGAUUAUGAUUUAAUUGGUAUGGGGUGGGGUUUUGCAGUUUUCAAACCACAAUAUCCAGCAAACUUUGAGAACCACUGCCCUACACAGCCCUCCUUCUUCCUUAUCUGGAGUCAGGGGCACCUUCAGCUUCUCCAAUCACCUGGCCAGUGGCUCUUGUUUCCAGUCCUGCAGUUCCAGGGUGGGUAGGCCUUCAGGCGGAGACCCAGGAAUCCAGCUCCAGACUCUGUCCCCGGCAGCCUCUUCAGUCCGGGACGGGACAGGAAGUGUCCGGCGGAGGUGGGGGUGGAGGUGAUUGGCAGUUGGAGUCUCCAAUGGGCCAGCAGCCCCCCUAUUUCACUCCUCUCCUUCCAUUGGCGUCUGGGCGGAGCCGCCCCCACUGCGGGGGCCCAGGGCGGGAGGGAGUAGAGGCCGGGGCAGAGGGCGAGGGCAGAGGGCGCUGGCGGCAGCGGCCGCGGAAGAUGAGCAGCGGCUGCUCAGGGCUGAGCAGGGUCCUGGUGGCCGUGGCUACAGCCCUGGUGUCUGCCUCCUCCUCCUGCCCCCAGGCCUGGGGCCCCCCAGGGGUCCAGUAUGGGCAGCCCGGCAGGUCCGUGAAGCUGUGUUGUCCUGGAGUGACUGCUGGGGACCCAGUGUCCUGGUUUCGGGACGGGGAGCCAAGGCUGCUCCAGGGACCUGACUCUGGGCUAGGGCAUGAACUGGUCCUGACCCAGGCAGACAGCACUGAUGAGGGCACCUACAUCUGCCAGACGCUGGAUGGUGCACUUGGGGGCACAGUGACCCUGCAGCUGGGCUACCCUCCAGCCCGCCCUGUUGUCUCCUGCCAAGCAGCUGACUAUGAGAACUUCUCUUGCACUUGGAGUCCCAGCCAGAUCAGCGGUUUACCCACCCGCUACCUCACCUCCUACAGGAAGAAGACAGUUCUAGGAGCUGAUAGCCAGAGGAGGAGUCCAUCCACAGGGCCCUGGCCAUGCCCACAGGAUCCCUUAGGUGCUGCCCGCUGUGUUGUCCACGGGGCUGAGUUCUGGAGCCAGUACCGGAUUAAUGUGACUGAGGUGAACCCACUGGGCGCCAGCACACGCCUGCUGGAUGUGAGCUUGCAGAGCAUCUUGCGCCCUGACCCACCCCAGGGCCUGCGGGUAGAGUCGGUACCAGGUUUCCCCCGACGCCUGCGAGCCAGCUGGACAUACCCUGCCUCCUGGCCGCGCCAGCCCCACUUCCUGCUCAAGUUCCGUUUGCAGUACCGUCCGGCACAGCAUCCAGCCUGGUCCACGGUGGAGCCAGCUGGACUGGAGGAGAUGAUCACAGAUGCUGUGGCUGGGCUGCCCCAUGCCGUACGAGUCAGUGCCCGGGACUUUCUGGAUGCUGGCACCUGGAGCACCUGGAGCCCGGAGGCCUGGGGAACUCCGAGCACUGGGACCGUACCAAAGGAGGUACCAGCUUGGGGUCAGCUACACAUGCAGCCAGAGGUGGAGCCUCAGGUGGACAGCCCUGCUCCUCCAAGCCCCUCCCUCCAACCACACCCUCGGCUACUUGAUCACAGGGACUCUGUGGAGCAGGUAGCUGUGCUGGCGUCUUUGGGAAUCCUUUCUUUCCUGGGACUGAUGGCUGGAGCCCUGGCACUGGGGCUCUGGCUGAGGAUGAGACGGGGCGGGAAGGAUGGAUCCCCAAAGCCUGGGUUCUUGGCCCCAAUGAUUCCAGUGGACAGGCGUCCAGGAGCUCCAAACCUAUAGAGGACCCAGGAGGGCUUCGGCAGAGUCCACCUAUAAUUCUGUCUUGCUGGUGUGGAUGGAUGGACAGUAGAUCCCUAUGGUUGGGUCUCAGCUGGAAGUUCUGUUUGGAGCCCAUUUCUGUGAGACCCUGUAUUUCAAAUUUGCCAGCUGAAAGGUGCCUGUACCUCUGAUUUCACCCCAGAGUUGGAGUUCUGCUCGAGGAAUGUGUGUAAUGUGUACAUCUGUGUCCAUGUGUGACCAUGUGUCUGUGAGGCAGGGAACAUAUAUUCUCUGCAUGCAUGUAUGCAGGUGCCUGGGGAGUGUGUGUGGGUCCUUGGCUCUUGGCCUUUCCCCUUGCAGGGGUUGCGCAGGUGUGAAUAAAGAGAAUAAGGAAGUUCUUGGAGAUU